AAAUGGAAAGACUUUCCAUGGUCUGAACCAUGAAGAUGUCAAUUUAUUGUGGAAAACAGAACAUUUUGCAAGUCCUGUAGUUUUGUUCUUCUCUCCCACCCUUUUUUCUUUGUACAGGUCGAAUUAAUUUGAAUAGCUAGUGAAUGGCAUUAUAAAGAAACCCUAGAACUAGACUAUAAUAUGCACACAAAAUUGAACAGAGGCCAUGAUAUCUUUAUCUUUUCACAAAGUAUGCUCUCUGGCUUACUGCCUUAUCUUAUACAUACCUCUUCUUUCAUCGCCAAGUCACGUUGCCUUUGCUACUACUGAAGCAGAAGCACUUCUCAAAUGGAAAGCCACCUUUCAAAACCAAACCCAUCUCCAAAAUCUCACCUCUUGGACUUACUCUCCCAGUAAUAAUGGCACCACCAAUUCUUCAAGCAAUUCCAAAGCGCAAGUACCUCCAUGCUUCUGGACUGGUAUUUCAUGCAAUGCUGCAGGAAGUGUCAUUGCAAUAAACCUUACCAAUUCCAAUAUACAAGGUACGCUACAUGAUUUUUCAUUCAUGUCCUUCCCCAAUCUUGAAUACCUCAACCUUGGCGUCAAUAAUCUCUUUGAUGCCAUUCCACCUCAGAUCAGUUCCCUUUCGAAACUCAACAAUCUCAAUCUCUGUAACAAUCGGUUUUUUGGGAGUAUUCCACAAGAGAUAGGGAACUUGAAGUCUCUUAUGGACCUAGAUUUGUCUGAGAAUCAACUUAGUGGUUCAAUCCCAGCAUCUGUGGGUAAUCUCACAAACCUUAACUACCUCUAUCUCUACAAAAAUAAUCUUUCUGGUUCUAUUCCUAAAAAGAUAGGUAACUUAAAAUCUCUUGCGAACCUUAAUCUGAGUGAAAAUCAGCUCAAUGGUUCAAUCCCAACAUCUGUAGGAGAUCUCACAAACCUUACCCUUCUCAGCCUCUUCGAUAAUAAUCUUUCUGGUUCUAUUCCUAAAGAGAUAGGUAACUUGAAAUCUCUUGUGUGGCUCUCCUUGUAUAAGAAUCCACUCAGUGGUUCAAUCCCAACAUCUAUAGGUGAUCUCACAAACCUUACCCUUCUCCAUCUCUACAAAAACAAUCUUUCUGGUUCUAUUCCUAAAGAGAUAGGUAACUUAAGAUCUCUUACGGACCUUGACUUGAGUGAAAAUCAGCUCAAUGGUUUAAUCCCAUUAUCCAUAAGAGAUCUCACAAACCUUACCUUUCUCAACCUCUUCAAAAAUAAUCUUUUUGGUUCUAUUCCUAAAGAGAUAGGUAACUUAAAAUCUCUUGCGAACCUUGAUCUGAGUGAAAAUCAGCUCAAUGGUUCAAUCUCAACAUCCAUUGGAGAUCUCACAAACCUUACCUUUCUCAAUCUCUUUAAAAAUAAUCUUUCCGGUUCAGUUCCUGCUUCAAUUGGUAACCUGACCAACUUGGAAUCCUUAUUGCUAUGUGUGAACCAACUCUCUGGCCCCAUCCCGCAAGAGAUAGAGAACUUAAAGAAUUUGACUGCUCUACUGUUGUAUAAUAACCAUUUUUCUGGUUAUUUACCCCAUAGUAUUUGCAGCGGUGGACUCCUCAGAAACUUUUCAAUAUCCAAUAACCAUUUGACUGGUCCAAUCCCCAAAAGCUUGAAAUUCUGCACGAGCUUAUUCAGAGUUCGUCUUGAUGGAAACAAGUUGACAGGAAAUAUGUCUGAAGACUUUGGGGUCUAUCCAAAUCUUUAUUUUAUGGAUAUGAGCCACAAUAACUUAUAUGGGGAAAUCUCACAAACUUGGGGACAAUGCCCGCAAUUAGAAACCCUACUAAUUGCGGGAAACAACCUUACUGGUAGCAUACCUCCUAAUAUUGUCAAUGCACAAAAACUUCAUGAGCUAGAUCUUUCUUCAAAUCGCUUAGUUGGGGCGAUUCCGAAGGGAUUCAGGAGAAUGACUUCUUUGCUGAAGUUGAUGUUAAAUGGAAAUCAACUUUCAGGCCCUAUACCAUUGGAAUUUGGAUCACUAAUUGAUCUUGAAUAUCUUGACUUGUCAUCAAACAAAUUCAACGAGUUAGUUCCUAGCAAUCUAGGUGCCUUUCUCAAACUGCACCAUUUGAAUUUAAGCAACAACAACUUUUCUCAAGGAAUUCCACCUGAAUUGGGGAAGUUAGUUCAGUUGAACGAACUUGAUUUAAGUUACAACUCACUCGAAGGUAGUAUACCACCAGAAAUCGCCAAUAUGGAGAGUUUGGAGACGCUUAAUCUUUCCCACAACAAUCUUUCGCGUUUCAUACCAUCAAGUAUUGAAGGCAUGCUCGGCUUAUUGUAUGUUGACAUAUCUUACAAUGAAUUGGAAGGUCCUCUUCCCAACAACAAAGCGUUUCAAGAAGCUCCCCCAGAAGCUGUACAAGGGAACAAAGGAUUGUGUGGCAAUAUUACAUCUUUGCAACCUUGUACUCAUGGCUCAAGAAAGAACCACAAGUGGGUAUUUGUAAUCUCAUUCACCCUUCUAUCAGCAGUUUUCCUUCUUUGUGCUUUCUUUACAAUUGUCUUCGUAGUGGAAAGAAAGAAGAAGUAUCGGGAUAAAGGAGGAAAAAACAUCCAUGAAGAAGUAUCAUUUUCAGUUUUGAAUUUUGAUGGAAUGUCAAUGUAUGAGGAAAUCAUAAGGGCGACCGAAAACUUUGAUUCCAUAUAUUGCAUCGGGAGGGGAGGACAUGGAAGCGUCUACAAAGCAAACUUGUCAUCUACCGUCAUAGUGGCUGUGAAGAAACUCCAUCACUUGUGGGAUGGCGAGAAGAACUUGGAGGAGGGAUUCUUGAAUGAAAUAAGAGCACUGACAGAGGUUAGACACCGGAACAUCGUGAAGCCUUAUGGUUUUUGUUUGCACCAACGACACUCAUUCUUGGUGUGCGAGUUUCUUGAAAGAGGUAGCUUGGCUAAAAUUUUGAGCGAAGAUGAAAAAGCUAAAGAAGUGGGAUGGAGAAAAAGGGUGAAUAUUGUUAACGGUAUAGCUAAUGCCUUAGCAUAUAUGCACCAUGACGUUGUGCCACCAAUUGUUCACCGGGAUAUAUCAAGCAAGAACAUUUUGCUGGAUUUUGAAUAUGAGGCCUUGGUUUCAGACUUUGGCACUGCUAAGUUUCUGAAUCGAGACUCAACUAAUUGGACUGCCGUUGCAGGCACAUAUGGAUAUAUUGCACCAGAGCUUGCAUAUACAAUGGAAGUGAAUGAUAAAUGCGAUGUUUAUAGCUUUGGAGUGGUCGCAUUGGAAACAAUUAUGGGGAGGCAUCCCGGAGAUUUUUUCUCAUCAUUCUCAACAAUGCCUUAUUCAUUCUCGUCAUCAUCAUCUGCGUUACUAGUCCAUCAAAUGCCAAUUAUGGAUGUUCUGGACCAACGCAUUUUGCCUCCAACGCAUCAAGAAGCAGGGGAAGUUCUCUCUCUUGUGAAAAUUGUGUUUUCAUGCUUGCAUCCCAGUCCGCAAUCUCGUCCAACAAUGAAACAAGUUUCUCAACUCCUCUCAACUCAAAAGCUGCAUUUGUCGAAGCCAUUACGUAUGAUAACCUGCGGUGAAUUGCUUACACUGGAUCCUUUAACUGCAUGAGAAUCAGAGAAAGUGGGUUUUUCCUAAAUAAGUUCUCCCUACAUCGAGUAUUCCCUUUAGAAGAAAGUUUCUUUGUAGAUGUUUCCGUUUUUGUAAUUUAUUUCAUGCACUUGUUUGCUGUGGCUCUAUGUACUUUCACGUACUUGCUUGCAUGGUUUGAAAUUUCAGAUACUCUAUACAUGUUCUGACAAGGAGUACCCAAAUUGCAUUGCCAAUUUAAUUGAACCUGUUGUCAUCAUAUGAUGAAUGAAUCUCAAUAUUGGAUGAUUCGAGUUAGCCUGAUUGAGUUGUGAGCUGCAAUUUCAAAGACAUGGCGAUAUGUAAAGUUAAAGCAAGUAAAAAAUCUGGAGAAGUAUGCUGAAGGAAACAAAGAGAAAUAUUAGUCAGUACAUUAAUACACCCUUUUUCGGUUUUGCAAAUGUAAAAGAAGACCAAUGUGAGUUUUAUCCUUUUCUCUG